UAAGAUUGAAUUUUCCGCCGCGCAAAAAAUAAACGUCCCCUUUUAUACUCCUCCUUUCUUCAAAUUUCAUUCACCAUUGACAAAUCUCGCAUCACUUUACGUCUCAACGAAUCUUUCUGAGAUCUGCAAUUCAAGAAAAAAAAUCCUCCAUAAAUGUCACUCCAUCUGAAUCACUGAGUCAAAAAACUCAUAACUCGGACGAGUGAAGUGAGUCAUCAAUGGCGGAGAACUUGGACUCGGUGGUUUCGAUCCGAGUCCCCUACAAAAACCUCAAGCAAGCAGCUGAGGUUGAAAUGGUAGGCUUUGAUGACGAUUCUCCGGCGAAUUCUAGGGUUUCUAAUGGCGUCGGCGACGACGAUUUGCCGGCGAUUCACCGGAAUUCGAACGAUUUGAGAUCGGAGAAGAAGAGUAGUUUGAUGAUGUUGAUACUCAGUUGUACUGUUGCUGCUGGUGUUCAGUUUGGUUGGGCGUUACAGCUCUCUCUUCUCACUCCUUAUGUUCAGACACUAGGAGUAGGACAUGCAUUUUCUUCAUUUAUUUGGCUUUGUGGCCCUAUCACAGGUCUUGUGGUUCAACCAUGUGUAGGUAUCUGGAGUGAUAAAUGCACUUCUAGAUAUGGCAGAAGACGACCCUUUAUACUUGCUGGAUCUCUCAUGAUCUCUGCUGCGGUCAUAAUAAUAGGCUUUUCUGCAGACAUUGGAUAUUUGUUAGGAGACACAAAGGAGCACUGCAGCACAUUCAAAGGUACUCGAACAAGGGCAACAUUCGUAUUUGUUGUUGGUUUUUGGAUGUUGGAUCUUGCUAAUAAUACGGUGCAGGGCCCAGCUCGAGCUCUUCUGGCUGAUUUAGCAGGACCCGACCAGCGGAAUGCUGCUAAUGCUGUGUUUGCCUCAUGGAUGGCCGUAGGCAACAUCUUGGGGUUCUUAUCUGGGGCUAGUGGGCAAUGGCACAGAUGGUUCCCUUUCCUGACCACCAGAGCUUGCUGUGAAGCCUGCGGUAAUUUGAAAGCAGCAUUUCUGAUUGCAGUGGUCUUCUUGACGUUUUGUACACUUGUAACUCUUUACUUUGCCAAGGAGGUUCCCCAAGAAGCAGGGUCAUCUCAAAGAUUAUCAGAUUCAGCCCCAUUACUGGAUGAUCCUCAAAGAAUGUCAACAGACCUCUCGAAGUUGAAGUCCCAUGAUGGUAAUUCUCUGACUUACACUGAGAAUGGCCAAAGGAAUGAAGAUGAUCGUGAUGGUGGAUUUAAUGAUGCACCUGGAACUGUUAUGGUCAAGUUGUUGACCAGCUUAAGACAUUUACCACCAGCAAUGCAUUCAGUGCUCAUUGUAACAGCUCUCACCUGGGUUUCUUGGUUUCCCUUUUUGCUUUUUGACACUGACUGGAUGGGAAGAGAAGUCUAUCAUGGGAAUCCUACUGGGAGCGCCUCUGAAGUGAAAGCCUAUGAUCAAGGUGUCAGAGAAGGUGCUGUCGGUUUGCUACUUAACUCAGUUGUCCUUGGUGUAGGCUCUUUUCUAAUUGAGCCCAUGUGCCGGCGAAUGGGGACUAAAGUUGUCUGGGCUUUGAGCAAUUAUAUUGUUUUUUUCUGCAUGGCAAGCAUUGCAGUGAUCAGUUUGGUUUCUCUCAAAAGCUACUCCCAAGGUGUGCAACACGCGAUUGGAGAGAAUUCAUCCACCAAAAUUGCUGCCUUAGUUAUAUUCGCCAUUCUUGGAUUCCCUCUUUCUAUAACGUAUAGUGUACCCUAUUCUGUAACUGCCUCAGUAACUGCUGAUUCAGGAGGUGGUCAAGGAUUGGCACUUGGAGUUCUGAAUCUUGCAAUUGUUGUCCCUCAGAUGAUCGUAUCGCUUGGUGCUGGACCGUGGGACGCCUUAUUUGGUGGAGGAAACAUACCUGCUUUUGUUAUGGCUUCUGUAGCUGCAUUGGUUGCUGGUGUUGUUGCAACAUUGAAAAUGCCUAAUAUUUCGGGCAGCUUCAAGUCAUCUGGCAUGCAUGUGGGGUGAUUGAGUUUCUCUGGAAAUGCCUUACAAAUCUAUGAAAUUCAGCUGCCACAAAUGCCAACAAUGUAGAAUGCCAUUGGAGUGAUUCCCUUUGAUCGUAUGUGCAGCUCAUCAUCCCACAGAUUAUUUUUGCCUUACAUGAUCAUUCAAUUCAUUUUUUCAGCCUGACUGUGACUUCUGUAUCUUAUAGUGAAAUAUAUACAUAUACUUACGGGAAGUAAUUGUCUCCCGAUGUAAUUUUACUUGAUGUUAAAAAAAAUUGAAAGGGCAUCCUUGUAUCUACUCGUUAAUAGGUGAAAGAAAUCUACCAAUUUUGUAAA